ACUAGUUCCAAAUGGAGCCGAUGAAAGGACUGCAGUAAGCCAGUCCGUCACAAUGCAGAAGGCUUGUGCAUUGAUCUUUUUUGCUUUAAUAUCUUUAUGUAAUGCUAGAAGCCCCCCCUUGCCCAGUCCCAAGCCAAUUGCUUUAGACUGCAACGCAACAGAAUCUCAAGCAGGACUGGCUUUGGACUUGAUCAACGAGGCUCGAGAUGAAGGAUAUGUGUUAAAGCCAUAUCGUGUUGUAAGAGCAUAUCGACAAGAGUCUCAGAAGCCAGGAGGUGGUUCUACCUACUUUCUUACUGUAGAUGUCUUGGAGACAAAAUGCUCUGUUCUAAGUGGGGUAUCAUGGAAGAACUGCACCGAUGACGUCUCAUUCCAUAACACUAUAUUUGGCCGGUGCAAAGCCGUCAUAUUCAUAUCCAGGCCAUGGAGGAUACUGAAGUUGAUCCAGUACAACUGCACCCUCAGUCCAGUUCCUUCCAGAGUAAUAGUUGGGAUGUGUCCUGACUGCCCCACCAUUAUAAGAGAUAUCACCCCUGAGAUCAUUGCUAAGGCCGAGAGACUGGUAGAAAAAUACAACAAGGCAAGCAACAAUACCAAUUAUUUCAAGAUACUCCACGUGGAAAGAGUGAGAAUGCAGUGGGUGUUUGGUCCAUCACAUUUUCUAUCCUUUACAAUAAAGGAAACAGACUGUUUGAAAACUCAAGAUGAUGUUGUCCUCUCAAACUGCAAUUUCCUUCCGGAUAAGGAUGCAGAUGUUGGGUACUGCACUGGUAGCAUAUGGGAACAUCCUGUGCAAAGUGAAGGUUCUAGUGUGUCCUGUGAAAUAUAUGAACCUAAGGAUGAUGUGGACGAUGACCAUCAUCAUGGACAUCAUAAGUGCAAACAACAGAGCAUAGACCCUAAACCUGAAGUUCAUCAGGUACCAGAACAACACAAGGAGCCAAAUGAGAAGCAAGGCAAAGGUCAUAAACCCAGUUGUAAGGAAUGUGUCUCACAAAAACAUCAUGAAGAUAACUGCAGGCCACAUCAUCACCAUAACCGACAUCCUCAUCAUGAUCAUCACCGACAUCACCAUGACCAUCAUCACGAUCAUCCACAUCCACAUCCUCAUGGGCAUCAUCAUCCCCAUCAUCAUGGGCAAGGCCAUAAUCAUACUUCAUCUGAAAAACAAGGCAGCUCAUCUGAAGAACAUACAGACAAGAAAACUUAUAUUAAAAAGUCUAAAGGUUCCAUUCAGAUUACCUAUGUUGAUGAUGAUGGUGUUCUACAAGAACCAACCAUUGCUCACCAAACUUCAGGGAAACAUCAUCACUUUGUUAUUGACUUCCCUGUUCCUAUAUCUCAUCUGGAGACCUGUCCUGGGGAACCUAAAGAAGAGUUGCCACUGAUUUCAAAGUAUUUUCCUGUUGAGAAAUAAAAAUACUUUAAAGAUGACCACAAAUAAACAUUUCUGAAUUGUUA